AUGGUUGUGGGAGAAUCAGGUUUGGGAAAAACAACAUUGGUCAACACGUUGUUCAACAAAGAGAUUUUGACCAAGAAAGCUGUGGAAUCCGACUCCAACUCCGAGGAUGAUGAAACUCCAAGCGUUUCCAUCGAAACGACUACUUCAGUAAUUGAAGAGGACGGCGUCAAGUUAAAUUUGACAGUAAUCACUACACCCGGAUUUGGCGACAACCUCGACUCCACGGAUUCGUGGAAACCUAUUGUGGAGGAAAUCAACACGCGGUUUGACCACUACUUGGAGGCGGAAAGCAGAGUCAACCGGUCGACAAUCACUGAUAACCGUGUUCAUGCAUUGUUGUACUUCAUCGAGCCCACGGGUCAUUCUUUGAAGGCGUUGGACAUCCAGGUGAUGAAGCAGGUGCAUGAGAAGGUCAAUUUGAUUCCAAUCAUUGCCAAAUCAGACACCUUGACUGAUGAAGAGAUUGCCGACUUCAAAGCACGUAUUCUAGCUGAUCUUACCCACCAGAAGAUCAAGAUUUUCAAGCCCCAGACAUACGACAAUGACGAUGACGAGGCAGUAAGAGACUCUAAGUCUUUGAUUGAUACUUUCCCAUUCGCAGUGGUUGGUUCGACUUCCGAUGUGCACUUGCCAGACGGCAGAAGUGUCCGCGGAAGAGCAUAUCCAUGGGGUAUCAUCGAAGUGGACAAUGAAGAGCACAACGAUUUCAUCAAAUUGAGAAAGUUAUUGAUCCGCAACAACUUAGAGGAGUUGAAAGACACCACUCUGGAUGUAUUGUACGAGCACUACAGAACGCAAAAGUUGGUUUCCAUGGGCAUCGAACAGGACAACACCGUCUUCAAGGAAUUUGACCCGUUGACCAAGCAAGAAGAGGAGCGCGCAUUGCAUGAGGCCAAGUUGGCCAAGAUGGAAGCUGAAAUGAAGGCGGUCUUCCAGCAAAAGGUUAGCGAGAAGGAGAAGAAGUUGCAACGAUCCGAAGCGGACUUAUUUGCCCGUCACAAGGAGAUGAAGGAGAAGUUGGCCAAGCAAAUCAAGUUAUUGGAAGAGAAGAAGGCCCAGUUGGAGAAGCAAAAGAGCUUGCCACUGGAUCCACCGGCCGCUGCGCCACAGAAGACGCGUAAAGGUUUCUUGCGUUAG